GUGAGCGGUCCGGAGAAGCCAGGAGUCACGGAUACGAACUAUCAGCAUGGCAGAGCGUCAACAAAACAUCCAGGGAUGAAGGUUAUGGAUAGCAAGCCAUUCAGGAUUAAUUAAGGAAGGAAUACAAAUAGUGAAAAAGACAGAAAAGUGCACAUCCUUGAGGAAAGUCUUCAAGGUGCUGGGGAGUUUUGAUUUCAGAAGCAGAACCUACUCAUCCCAAAAGUGACACCAUGGCCCUUGUAGCGUACAGUGAUGACAGUGACUUAGGGACAGACUCUGAGGAUGGGGACGAGACUCAGAAAGUAGUUGUGAAAGCAGGUGGCGAAAAAGCCUUAGUGGAACCUCCUGCCAGGGUACCUCCAGCCAGGACAGAGGGCGGCGUGGAAAGCAUCGAGGACGAGGACGAGGACGAGGACUUCCCGAAAAGUGGAAAUACGUCCAGUCCUCUGUUCUCCUCUGUGCCCGCUGCUGUGCCACUAUCGAGUCUGCUUGAUGUGGGGGAGGUAGAAGAGGAUGAAGUAGUGGAUGUGCCGACAGUAGAUACAUGGAAAGUGACUCAGGAAUUGAAAAAACAGAAUAACAGUGUAGUAGAGCCAUCGCUCCAUCCUCCCCAGCCACGCAAGGAGAGAAAGAAAGUAAAAAUCUUCAUACCAUCACUGUCAGAGUUUUCAGAUGAUGAUGAGGAGGAAGAGGAAAGGAAGAAGCCUCCAAAGAAGAAGCUGAAUCCAUCAAAGGAAGGCAGUGGUCUCUUCUCAGUAUUACCAGAGCCCAAACACUUAACAGCCAAGGAGACUGGCCGCUCAUUGGUGCCUCACGUUCUCACCAAGCGGCCAACACAACCUAAGAAACCUCAAACAAAGGUUCCAAAAGUAGCACUGGCAACAGCAGAAGUAGGAAGAUCACCAAUGAAUGUAGCUGGUCAUGUUUCUGAUGAAGAUGAUGAAGCUCCAGCAGAAACCAUUGACUUCUUUUCUUUGUCAGAACCAACUUCUAUUGACUCUGUCAUGACAGGUAAAGGACUAACCACCCAUCAAGUUCCAGCUGCUGCUGCACCAUAUGUUUUACCCAUAAGAGAGGUGGCUGAGGCUCCAUUAAAUCAACCUGAGCGACCUUCUGUAGUGGAGCAGCAAUACCAAGAUUAUGAAAAGGAAGGUCCUAGUGAAAUGGUGCCAAAUGCCUCUCAGCCAGCAGUAACAGGAACAGCAACAGCAGCAGGAGCCAUUGAUGAGGCUACCAUCUUACGAUUAGCCGGCAAGCGUGGCCGGGCUGAAGCCAUCAAUUUCAUUGAUGUGAAUGCAGAUGAUGCAUUACUAACUCGGCAUGAAUGGAUGACAAAGGCCUUGACUGAGGAAAAGCCUCUGCAUGGUUUCAGCAAGAAACGUGAAGGGCUACCCACCCAGAAACAGAAGCAGAAGCACCAGAUUACUUACUUGGCACACCAGGCUAAAGAACGUGAGCUAGAUCUCAAGAACACUUGGGCACAAAAUAAAAUGACCAAGAUGCAGUCUCAGGCAAAAUACGGUUUUUAACACCACUUUGCCUUUUUAGUUGUACCAUAAGGGAUCUAAGCAGAGCUCACUGUAUCUCUUUGUCAGAGGUCAAGGAAACUGAGUCAAAUCUUGAAUGUUGAUCAGAAGUGCAGUGGUACCUUGAGAUACGAGUUUAAUCCAUUCUGUGACGGAACUCAUGUCUCAAAAAGCUUGUAUGUCAAUACAGUUUUUCCUAUUGAAAUGCAUUGAAAUGCCAUUAAUCCAUUCCAGCCUCCCCAAAAAAAACUCCCCUAUUUUUUUACAUGUUUUCAGGUAAGAAAAAGGUAUUCAUAAACAAUGAUUAUUGCACAGAAAUAUAAUAAAACAACAAAAGAUAAUAUAAAUAGAUAAAUUACUCUUAUAAAGUAUAUUAAUCUUGGAGGGUGCAUUCCAUGGGACGUUACUGCAUCCCCAACCCUCACUUGGGACUGUCGAUCAGCUGGAGUGUACAAAUAUAGCCACCCCACAGAGGACUGGCUGCUCUAAUAAUCACAGAAGGGCUUGAUGACGAUUCUGUAAACAUUAAUUAUUGAAUAAAUGAAGUUUUAAGUAGAGAGAGAGAGAGAGAGAGAGAGAGAGAGAGAGAGAGGCACUGUAGAGGUUUGUUUACAUUGUUCUCCCCCAUCCAUGAUAAGUGUGGGUGGAGGAGGUAGAGGGAGAGAGGAGAAAUUUUUUUUGCCUUUUCAGUUGUGUACACAUACAUACUUUAUCAAUGCAUGAACAUAUAUGAAAUAACAGCAAAAGUUUAUUUAGUGUUCUUACUUUGGAGACACAUGUUUUUCGGCUAAUGGUGGAAGAGUGGGGAGGGAGGAAAGGAUGCAGGCGUCAUUCUCACAUAAAUAUUAAGCAUAGAUUAAAAUUGCACUUUCUUUAGACAAAAAAUAGGUCAGUAAAUGAAAAUGAUGAUAGAACAAGCACAGUGCAUGGGAUCCCUGGAAAACACGUAGAUACUAGCUCAGCUGAGGCUGGACCAAUGUGCUGAGCAUCCAACUACAAUGGCAACAUCACCAAGCAUGACUCAUAUCUCAAAAUUUUGCUUGUAUCUCAAAAUAAAAGAAUGACCAAAUCGUAGCUCAUAUCUCAAAAAACUCAUAUCUCAAGGUACCACUGUACAGUGAUGCCUCGAGUCAGCGGCUCAGCGCAUCGGUCCAGCCUCAGCUGAGUUUCCUGUGGAUCUCAUGCACUGUGACUGUUCUUUUAUAAUUUUUACAAUAUUUACUGACCUAUUUUCAAUUAUCUACAGAAAGUGUAUUCUUAAUUUGUGUUUCAUGUUUAUGUUUGAAUGUUGCCUGCAUCCUUUCCUCCCUCCCCACUCCUCCACCAUUCACCACCAUUGGCUGAAAAUGUGUGUCUCUAAGGUAAGAACACUAAAUAAACUUUUGCUGUUAUUUCAUAAAUUUUCAUGCAUUGAUAAAGUAUGUAUGUGUAUGUAACUGAAAGGCAAAACAAAUUUCUCCUAUCUCCGCUACCUCCUCCAUCGAUGCUUAUCACAUAGGAGGGAGGGGAGGGGAAAUGUAAAUAAACUUCUGCACUAGCUACGGCGUUGCGGCCCCUAUUCUCUCUCUCUCUCUCUCUCUCUCUCUCUCUCUCUCUCUCUCUCUCUCUCUCUCAACAUUUCAUUUAUUCAAUGAAUAAUGUUUACAGAAUCAUCAUCGAGCACUUCUGUGAUUAUUAGAGCAGCCAGUUUUCUGUGAGUGGAUCUAUUCGUACAAAACAGCUAGUCAACAGUCCCAAAUGAGUGGGAAUGUGGUAGAGUAACAUCCCAUGGAAUGCACCCUCUGAAAUAAAUAUACUUUAUAAGAGUUUUAUUUAUAUUAUCUUUUGGUAGUUUAUAUAUUUAUAUUAUAUUUUGUUAUGUGUUAUUAUGUUUCUGUGGAAUAAUUAUUACAUUUUUCCUGCCUGAAAACACAUAAAAAAAAUUAGGGAUGUUCUUUUUGGAGAGGGUGAAACGGAUUAAAGUCACUUCAAUGCAUUUCAAUGGGAAAAAUUGUUUUGAGAUACAAGCUCCAUCACGGAACGAAUUAAGCUCGUAUUUCAAGGUACCUCUGUACUUCAUUUGUGCUGAAGAAGUUUACAAUAUUUGUUUGUUUUAUAUUAAUAUUUAUUUUCAGUACAUAAAUCUAAACAGAAUACUGCAACCUUAGCAUGGGAAGUGAUAUUUUGCCCAUUACUGUAAUGAUUUAAGCUUCUAAGCUAUUAAAGUUUCUUAUGAUUUUUAUUUUUCUAGUUCAUAAAAAAUUAAAUUAAAUGUGUUAAUAAGUAUAUAUAUUGAUACUAAGGAUUUAUGAGCAAUGGUUAGUUUUGCCCCACUUUUUCAAUUUACACCAGACAUCCUAAACCCUUGACCACAUAUUUCAUGAAUUGUAUUUUCAAGAUGAUUGUGAGUAUUGCCUAAAAAUAAUGAGUACAAAAGACAUUCUGGGGAGUUUUUAUUUAUUUACUUUUUUUUUUUUUUUUUUUUUUUUUUAGGCCUCAAUAUGAUAAGAAUAAUCUGGAAUCAUAUAUUUUUGUGGCAUGACAUGUGUACAUACUGUAUUUUCUAUGUCAUACCUUACACUGAUGACAUGUUAAAACUUUACUUAAUACAAGCAGUUGAAUGGUGAUUGUAGUUGUAGUAUUAUUCAUUAAGAUUAAACUGUUGUUAAUA